GAUGUAGCUCUUGGGGGAAGAAAACUAAGCGAGGAGGAGGGACAUUUCAACGACAACAGAAAACCCUCAGGGUUUGACACAAAGCAGAUCUUUGUAUCACCGAGUGUUCGAUACUCAGGACACAACUGCUACGCGAAACCCAAAAGGCAACUUGAAACGCUUCAUGUACCUUCCUUAGCCUACGUUCACAAGGCAACUGGACGAAUUUUUGGCUGAAGAAUUUACCGCCACACCUCUUUCGCACGGAACCGCUCAUUAUUUUCGCUCCGAAAAAUUUAAAAAUUUUAAGUCAAGCGAUAUUUUUCAUAUAAUUAGAAACGUCAUUUAAAGGAACUUUAAUUGAUGAUUUUCGCAAAAUAAGAUGAGCCGACGAAGGAACUCGUCGCAGUAGAAAUUGCUUCCUUUUGACAGUUUUUGUUUUGGCAUAAGAAACAAAAUUUUGCGUAGUGCGGCCCACGGCCUUCUGGUGGUCACUCCUCGCCUGUCAAAUUUUGGACCGUACCGUAUAAAAUUUGACCUCGAGUUUAACGUUCAAAUUUUUGAACGGCCAUGCAUCUAAAUCUCUGAACAGUUAAGGUGGUUUCGUGUGAACGAAACUCCUUAAAAGUUCAAAUUUUCAACCUGUUAAAAAUUCUUCCAGUGCCGUAAACGUGGCCAAGGUUUUACAUCUGUGUUAUAUAUGGUAACGGGAUUGAAUUUUCCUGAGUAAUGUGCUCUUGCUUUUAUUAGGGAAUACCCGAGGAAGGCGACGAAAGCGAAAGCGUCGCUGAAAAAGAAAAUUCGCGUUCUUUCAAUCUUCAUUUCGAUGACCCCAAGUCACUGACCUUUAAUUGUCAAAUGUAGGUAAAUCCUACUAAAUUUGAAUUCCAAAGAACCAUAUCCAAGUUCGGAAAGAGAGAGAGAAAUUUCGUCGUCGCUUGUUUACUUCCUUUGUACAACGUGAAGUUGGGCAUUUUCACGUCGUAGUCGUGCAGUGACGGCAGAGAAAUGUACAAAAAAGCGUGAUGCACGUGCAAAAUUGUUGUUUUGGUUACUAAACCCAUUGCUAAAUCUGAACCUUAAUGCGCCACUGCUACGCCAAUCCUUGAAGUAGGAGUAUACUAGCUUAGGUUUGUCACAAUUUAACUGGGAAACAUUCCUUUCUAUAAUACCCGUUUUGCAAAGGAUAUCCCAAGAAGAAGACCCCCAACAUUUCUUAACCCUUGGAAGUAGAAUCGUUAAAUCUUGAUCAUUAAUUAAAGUAGCAACCGGUCUUGAUUUCAAACUAAUACACUAUAAGAACAAUUUGGAGACGAGUAUGACUCAAAUCAAAUAUACCACGUCCCUUGAUGUAGUAACAUGCUUUUUGUAUUGUUCUUGUAAUUCUGCAGUUUUGAGGACCCUCUGACGAAAAAGAAGUUGAACACCAAAACCGUUCUUCAACUGUGUAUCAACCCUGAUAGCUAUCAGGUUGGACCACAGACGAUUGCUGCUACCUCUGAGAUUGAUCCUAAGUUUAGCAACCAGGAGAUUGAGUGGUCUACCAAGCAACGUGGAUCCAUCAUUCUGUAUGGACUUCUGGUUAAACUCGAUGAAACUAAUUGA